AUGCCAGCUGUGACCUGGGAUAAGGAGGUUUCUGAAUUCUCCUCAGAAGACGAGCACGAAGACCAUCCCUGCAUUGCCUGGAGUGGCCAUAGCAAGAAAACACCAGUCCUCUUGUUUUUCCCUGAAGCUGCUCUCAGCAGUUUCUCCUCUGUUGGAGAGCGAUCUAGUAUGGCCUUUAAGAUUGUGGGCAAAAAGAGCCGCCUGGUCCGAGGAAUACUCACCAACCAUGGGUUCCAUGAGGUUCCCUCACACAGUGAUAACUUUGUCCUGAUGUGGACAGGAUCUCAGCUCACGCCUUCAAUGCCGGGCAGCUUUAAAGACUUCCAGAAGGUCAACCACUUUCUCAGGUCGUAUGAACUGACGCGCAAAGACAAUCUCUAUAGAAACAUCCAGCGAAUGCAGAUAAUUCAUGGCUUCAAAAACUUCGAUAUCAUUCCUAAAGCCUUCGUGCUUCCCUCUGAAUACCAGAAGUUCCGUGAUUAUUUUGCUAAAUAUAAAGGCCUGUGGAUUAUCAAACCAGUAGCAUCUUCAAGCGGGCGUGGCAUCUACUUGGUCAAGAAUCCAUAUCAGAUUUCUUUGGGUAAAAACACCUUGGUGUCUCGCUACUUAAACAACCCACUACUCAUUGAUGGGUUCAAGUUUGAUUUGCGGCUGUAUGUGUUGGUGACUUCAUAUGAUCCACUUAUUGUCUAUUUGUAUGAAGAGGGGCUGGCCAGAUUUGCCACAGUCAAGUACGACUGUACUCCAGAGAACAUAGAGGACACAUUGAUGCAUCUCACUAACUACAGCUUGAACAAAAAGAACAGCGAUUAUGUCCGCUGCGAUGACCCUGAAGUUGAGAAUUAUGGGAGCAAGUGGAGUAUGAGUGCAGUGUUGAGGUAUUUGAAGCAGGAGGGGAAGGACACCACAUUGCUGAUGAGGAAGGUGGAGGACCUCAUUAUCAAAGCUUUACUGAGUGCUAGGCUGCAGAUCGCCAAAGCCUGCAAGAAGUCCGUCCCUCACAGGACAAACUGCUUUGAGCUGUAUGGUUUUGAUGUGCUCAUUGACUCCAAACUCAAACCCUGGUUAAUAGAGGUGAAUCUUUCCCCAUCUUUGGCCUGUGAUGCUCCACUGGAUCUGAAGAUAAAGGCCAACAUGAUUGCAGACAUGUUUUCGCUUGUGGGCUUUGUUUGUCAGGACCCCCUAUCAAGCCAUCCACGCUCUGACCGAGUCGCCCUGAAGCACCCAGCAGUCCAAAAAGUCCACAAACCGUCUUCUACACCGGUAGGCGGUGCACGCAGAAAAGUGCGCCAGGGGCCUGCAUUAGCCAGUAACUCGGAAACAGAGGGGUCCAAAGACAAGCCAGGACCCAAACAAUGCCAAAAAGACAGCACCCCAAGCUUAACUGCAGAGGAGAUUGAAAUGCUGUACAGGAAAAAGGAAGAGAAUGAGAGACGAGGAGGCUUCAUCAGGAUCUUCCCUACCACAGAAACCUGGGCGCUCUAUGGACAAUAUCUUGAUUCCAUGACAUCACUGAACUACAUGCUGGCUAACAGACUUUUCCAGGAAAGAAAUGGGAAUGGGAAUGAGCAGCUGCAGGUGGACGGUUGUCAUGCUGUCCAGUACGAGAGGAAGCUGCGACCACUUGAGGCGCACAAGAGGACACAGCGCCACCUGACUCAUUGCUCUGCUGCUGGGAGGAAGAAAUCUGUUGACCAGCCUGAAUAA